UCUUGUCGCAGGCAGCCGAGAGCCAGCCAUGGACCCGGAGACGCUCCGGGACCGCCUCGAGCUGUUUGUCCUGGACAUCAGCAACUACGAUGACUACACAUCCAUAUCCAAGCCAACAGCAAAGAAGCGGCUGCUAAACAUUGGGCCGGGCAAGCUGGUCAAGUUUGGACUGGAGAAGCGCGACCAGUACAACCCGCCGACAUCCGAGCUCACGCUGGCGUUCAGCAAGCUGGAGGAGGCCAAGAUGCUGCAGAAGACAAAGUCGUCGUAUGCCAUCACUGAGGUUGGCAUCAACGAGCGGAACCGGCUGAGGGCAAGGUUCGGCGGAACCUCAUUUGAGCUCGCGGCCCGCGAGCUUGCCGACGACCCGAUCGUCCUGCCCGAGCCGCUCAAGCCGCGCAAGUCCAAGCCGGCCGGGGCAGGCAAGGCCAAGACGCCGCGGCGCAAGAAGAAGAACACGCCAACCAAGGUGGGACGGCCGCCGGCAAACGGCUCGUCCAACGGAGCGCCCGGCAACGGGCGCUCGGCGUCGGCUACUGGCCUCCAGUCUGUAGGCAGGCGGGAGCCGACACGAUCGGCCAACACGACGCCGACCCAGCAGACGGCGAUGCAGGCGCAGGCACAGACCAUGCCGCCGUCGGCCGCCGUCCACGUCCGGGGUCAUUCCAGCGACGGACGCAUGCCGCAGCCGUUUGCGCAAACCGCGGGAACCAACAUUGUCCAGGCGCAGGCGCAGGCGCAGGCAAUUGCUCAGGCUCGGGCACAGACGCAGGCCGCGCAGGCGCAGGCCACCGCCAUGGCGCUGGCGCAGGCGCAACUGGGCCAUCACACGAUGAGUGCAAUGACCAACCCCAUGCUGGCGCACAGCGGGUCGCACCCCGGCCCGGUCUUGCCACACGACCGGCUGCCGACCAUGCCGUUCACCAUGUCGGUCACCGAGCGUGCCGCGAGCCUCUCGGAGCGGAGGCGGUCGACGUCGUCAUCGGUCCUUUCGGAGCGGCGUGGGCACCAGGCCGGGGGCACCUUUGAUACCGAGUCGCUGCUGAUGGGCAGUCUGACGGUCGACGACGCGCUCGGCUCGCCCAUGUCGACGCCGCUGGCCUCGGGAGGCCUCUCGGCGCACUCGCCGCACUCUGCCAUUUUCGGCGGCGGCCACUACCCGAACAUGGUCGCGACGCCGCUCGCGACCGGGUACAACCGGCUGCUCUCGCGGUCGCCGACCCGUUCGCGCUCGCGCUCACGGUCGCGCUCGCGCUCGCUCGAACGCGAGCGCAGCAUCGGCGAUCCGACCUCGCACCACUGGUCCCACGGGCGGUCGUCGUCGCUCUCGGCGCACCGGGCGCGCCGGUCGUCAUCGGCGUCGUCGCGCUCGCCGCCGCCGGGCGACCCGGCGUCGAUGUCGACGCUGCUGACAUCGGCCCAGUUUCGGGCCAAGCCGCCGUCGCGGGCGCUCGACCUCGCAGGCUUUGAAGGCCGCAUGCCGGUCACAUCGGCGCCUGUCUCGCGGCACGACUCGCCGCAUGGGCGCGGCGCCAGUGGCUCGCUGCCGCGUGGUGGCGCUGUUGGCGGCGAGGCCGUGGCCAUGAUGCUCUCGCCGCGCGGCGCUAUCGGCUCUUCACUCACCACUGACGACCUCGGGCAGCCGAUGAUGUCGUCACCACGCGAGCCGCGGCAGCCAGCCGCCGAACCGGCCGGCGAGCCAGUCUUCAACACCCACAUCGACUUUUCCAAGAUGGACCUCGGCCUUGACGACCUGUUCUCGUCGUCGAUGCCCACAGUUCCGGAGCUGCCACUGGGGUCACUCAGCUUGCCGCAGGAUGGCCUCGCCUCGCAUCCGCCGGCCUCGUCAGGCGCGUACAUCUCGCCGCGUGCAGGCGAGCUUCACACUUCGGCCGCACAGCAAGCGCGGUUGGAAGAGUUUUACGCCGCCGAGCGCGCGCAUCGCUCACAGCUGUACGGUCCCGGCGCUGCCGCUCGCGCCUCUUCCAACUCGGGCGCGUACUCGCGCGGUGGUGUAGGUGGAGGCAUCGACGCCGGCGCCGGCGCCGGCUACGACAUCUCGCCGACUCGCACUCCACACGGCGAUGACUUUAACCCGACUCCCUGCUGUCCGACUACGGCCUGGCUGGCUUUAACACAACGCCGCCGUAGCGUGGCGUGGCCCGGCGCAGCGACGCAGUGUGCCUGGGAAGAGCGAGGUAAAUGAAUCGCGACGCUCAA